GUGUGUGUGUGUGUGUGUUUUGGAAAUUCACAAAUAAAGCAUUUCCAGUGAUUUCUUCGAAUGUGCCAAAGCCUCGUGCAACAUAACUAAAUUUCCGCAAGAAUUCUACGAGCGGAUGAAUACAAUCCUCGGAAUUAAUGGACUACAUUGCGACUUUAUUGGACAAGUUUCAAGUACUCAUAACCCUUCUCUUCAUAUUUCAACUCGAAUGGCAGAAAACAAUUGCUGGCAAACGGGAGGAUGUCAAGCCGCCUUUGAGAGGGCCUUACACAACAUGACGAGCUUACAAGAACUCUGCAGAACUGUAGACAUGCUAUUCACCUGCAUCAGAAGCAAAUGUGGCAUUGACAAGCUGCCCUAUUCAAUCUUGCAAGAUUUUAAGGAUAAGUUAAAUUUUCUACACACAUCAUGUGAUCUUACUAAACAUUUUGACGAAGCAAGCAAUCAGUCUCCAGCUACUCAGUUAAUUACACAGAUGACAGAUUUUGUGAACCACCUGACAAGUACUCAGUCGACAGUUGCUCGGAGAUCUACACAAAUGACAGACACGCUGGACAGUCUCAGAAGUUCAGCUACGACCAAAACAGUUACUUCUUCAUAUGCAGGGAUGGGGAAACUCAAAUUUCAUGUGCUAAAAAUUGCAUUGUGCAUUGUGUUGCAGGAAAAGAUGGCUGAGCUGAAGAAGAAAAUUAUCGUGAACUGGAGAAUGUCAUUCUUGGAGUUACCUGCCAUUUUUUUUUUGGAAGGCUAUGAAAGAAAAUCCUUUGCAUUGGCCUGCAAAAAGAGGUGUUUGGUUCAGGAUCAGUCACCAGAAGACGCGAGACAUGUGAUGAGGAAGAGGAGAACAUCACUUCUGUGGAGUUCCUGCCAGGGGAAUAACAUCUGUUGUACUGCCCCUCACCAGCGUUGUGCAGCCCACACGCUUAACCUGGUCGCAAGCAAGGACAGUGAGGCUGCCUUUCAGGACGGUGCAUUCCGAACUGCCAGCAGAUCCCUGUUUGCAAAAGCUCAAGCUGUCUGGAAUAAGCAGUCCAGAGCUGAGUCUGCUGCAGAGAGCAUUCAAGAGGCUACGGGACGGCAGAUGAUCAUUCCAAACCAAACCCGCUGGAAUUCUACGUAUGAUGCCGUCCAAUGCCUUCAAGACCUCACGGCUGAGCAGCUGUCCAAGUUAGCAGAUGCCCUUGGCCUCCCAAGGUUUACCCCCAGAGACCAGCUCUUCAUGAAAGAGUUUGUUAUGGUGAUGGGGCCUCUUGCCAGAUGCCUCGACUACUUGCAGGGCGAGAAGUGCGUGGGCUUGGGACACCUCCUGCCUCAGCUCAACACCCUCAAGAUCCGCAUCAAGCAACAGAAGUCCAAGCUAGAAAUCUGUGGUCCCUGGCUGACUGCUGUCCUGAAUGGAUGGGAUGGAGACCAGAUUUGCUGA